CAAAUUCUAUAAAAUCUACAGCAAUAAAUUGAAUAAAACAAAAACUGCAGCCAAGAAAAUCUACUUUGAAUCACAAUUUAUGCUGAACAAGCAAAACAUAAAAAAAACAUGGAAAUUAACUGGUAUGCUCGUGGGAAGGAGCACUAAGCAUCACUCAUGCAUUUCAAAGGUAAUAUAUAAUAAUAAAUGUUAUACUGAUGAAAAGGAUAUUUGCAACAAACUGAAUGAACAUUUUAUCAAUGUAGGUCCAUCCCUAGCUCAACAGUUACCUUUAACACGUGAUGAUCCUACAAAAUUCAUUAAACAUUUAUCACCUGAAAGUUUUAUAUUUCGGGGAAUUUGUGAUGAGGAAGUCUCUGAUUUAAUUAGUAACCUAAACUCAAAUAAAGCUUGCAUUGGUACCCCCGCCAAAUGUAUCAAACUGGCAAAUCCUCACAUCAGCUCAGCCCUGGCAUCAGUUUUCAACUUAUCAUUACUUCAAGGAAUCGUCAAAGACAUUUUGAAAAUCUCAAAAAUAACGCCUAUUGAUAAGGGAGGUGAGAUAUUUGAUCCUACUAAUUACCGUCCUAUAUCAACACUCACUUUAGCCAAAUUUUUGAAAAAUUGA